UGGCUGCCUCUCGCUGCUUACCGUAUGCUCACUGCAAUCUGUGCUGGAGAGGCCGAAGGAGCUGCUGCUUCAGUAUUAAAGCCGGCCUACAAACGCUUAUGACGCUCGCCACCAAAGAACACAAAUAACACGAGGUAAGUCUAAGCGUACCGAGACGAGUCAUUUAAAUACAAUCUAUUUUAUGUAAUCGCACCGCUUCAGAUGAUCUCGAUCCGCGAUGGUUAAAUGCGCGGUCGAUUUCGAAAAGCGGCAUGUUUGCGGAAGUGAUCGUGCGGUCCAUGUUUAGCCGCCCCUGUUAUUUGCCUUUACAUGUCAUGUGUGUGUUUCCAAAAUAUAUUUCACUCUCACGUGCAUUUUGUCGACACGGUAAGCGUAUGGAAAAGUUGAAGAUGCUGUUUGGGUUGGCCGUAAACGAGGCGAAGUUGACUAGCCAGCGGACCCGUUUGAAAAAUCAAAAUGGCUUCCAUCUUUGUCGUCUCAGCAGAGAGGUUUAUACCUUUGUUUCCCCGUCUCGCAUGUCAGGGAGUCUUAGCGCACUUUUUGACCACGUCAGUGCGGUGGGGGAGGGGAAGUGAGUCUGUCUGGGUGGAGCCUGUAUGAUACGUUCACUGUGGAUGAAUUAUCCAUUUCCCCGUUUCGCUGUAAGUCUGCUUUAGUUUAGACUCCAGCUACUGGAAGAAUUGUUUACUGACCUUUUUCAUUCAUUUCUUUUGAUUAGUUUUGUGUCACAGCUUGCAAUGUAGAAUUCCACUUUCCUCAAAUUCCUAACUGUUACACUUAAGGGCACAUGGAGAUCUCCUGAAAAUCUUGCUCGAUAUAGAGUGUUGCAGGAAUGACGUAUUUUUAUAGAACACUCCAGAAGUUAGCAUCAAAACCGGUUGCCUUGACCACGGCUUGGUCAGUUACCCUGAUGCGCGGCCAUAUUGGAGAUACUCGGAUGUAAACAACAGCAUUGAUUGCACGGUUGAUGUACUAAUUUAUGCUGUCGAAACCACAGAAAAACAUGUGGAAGUUGCUAAAUCAUAGAGAGACGGACUUAGUAAGCAGGGAAGGGUGAAAUAUUUUGACAAACUCAAGUUAAAAUGUGGUAAAGAUACGUACGAGCAGUAUUAAUUAAGAUAUUACACUAAUAUUUCACCUGUCUGAUUGGAAAUAGUAAGAACAAACUUGAAUGUGGUCAAGAUUCUUGCCAUGGAAAUCCUGGUUCAGCUUGGCCAACCACAAACGCCUUUUGUUCCUCCGACAGUUUAUAAUACUCAAAAUGUUUUUCCUUGUCCGACAGAUUAGUGCAGCCCAAAACAAGAUAAAAAUUGACCAUUUUCAAGAGCAAUAUUCGGUUGAAUUUGCACGUUCCGUUCCGUUCAGUAGCAUUGUUUACGUUCAGUGCCGCCAAUAUGGCCGAUCAGUGACGCGUCGUGAAAACACUAUAGGAUUUUUCACCAACUUUUGGAUAAUUACAAAAAAUAAGCUUUGUAAACUAGUUAAUGAUUUUCACGUUUUGCUCAUCACAAUAAUCUUUAAUAAUAAUCACAAAUCCUGAAUGCAAUUGGGCUAAAUAAACAAAAAUGUGUAAACAAACUACACCACGGCCGCAUGACUUCACUGUCACCACAGUUUCCACCAAAUCUUUUAAUCUUUAAGGGCAACAAUUUGGAAAGUUUGAGUUGGAAAAAAACACAAGUAUAAACACAGCAAGGCUGUAAACGCAGACUUGUGAGUAGAUAUUUGCCCUGAUGGUGUUUAAUGUUCCUGGAAGCCUCUGAAGUUCCUUUUAGAUCUUUUUUUUAAGAUACACCAAAACCUAUGUUGCGAAAUAAAAUGUGAAAUAUCUUGAGCUUGUUUUUUAUUUCAGGUUUUUAAUUAAACACUGAUUUCGCAACGAUGAAAAUCUCGUUUCCGGGUUUUAGGACUCGUUCCUGCGGCACUCUAUUAUUAACUGAAUGCAGUGCUGGUGUACGAAAUGUUGGUUGUAGUUUUAGUUGCAGUGGAUGUGUGUCAGCUUGCACUCUGGUCUCUUUUUCAACAGUGCUGGGAUGUCACCCAUGCUUCAGGCUAAACAUGUUUUCCAAGGGCACCAAGCGUAAGUUUUCCGAUGGUGAUGAAGAGCUAUCCGACGAAAGCCUGGUGGGUGCCAGGGUGGCAUCUUCGUACAGCUUGCAACGGCAGUCGCUGCUGGACAUGUCCCUCAUUAAACUCCAGUUGUGCCACAUGCUGGUGGAGCCCAACCUCUGCCGCUCGGUUCUCAUCGCCAACACGGUCAGGCAGAUUCAGGAGGAGAUGACCCACGAUGGCAGCUGGCAUAUGGUCACCGAAGCGUUCUGCGGCACAGGCCAGAGUCCUUCUGAGCGCUUGGUGGCCACAGAGGUUCUCUGCAGGUCACGAGAGCAGGAUGCAGAGCCUAAGCUCUUUUCCGUCAUCAGCUACGAAGGUUGCCGUGAAGAGGAGGUGGUAGCUGAUGAGACACUGUGCUCUGUUUCGGUUAGCGAGACUGUCUCUAAUGUGUGCCUGGCAGGGCGUAUAGGCCAGUGCUGGGAGAAGAGCGAGCUCAGUGAUGUAGAGAGGGACGAAGAGGCGCUUGAAGACUCUAGACUUGGCUCAGGAGAAGAUGAGGAGAUAGACACCGAGGAUGGGGCUUCUACAGAGGGUCCAAAGACCAUCGGACAAGUUUUUGGGACUUUUGAAAUUAAAAACGGUUCUCCCGGUCCAGACUCUGCUCUAGAGGAGCUGUUCUCAGAUGUGGACACCUCCUAUUAUGAUCUGGACACCAUGCUGACCGGCAUGCAGAGCGCACCCAAGAUGGGCCCUUAUGACCUCCUUGACAGUUUGGCACCUUCACACAGCUCCCCUUCCAUAGUCUCACCCCCGAACUGUCGUUCUGAUCUAAAUGAACUGGAUCACAUCAUGGAAAUCAUUGUCGGUUCUUAGGUUCGACCUUAUUUUGAGACUUACACGCUUGUCUUAAUGUUACUGGCUUUUCUGUUCCUUAUGGAAAGCAAGUAAAGUCUGGAAUCCUUUCAGGGAAACGAGUUGAUGUCUUUCGAAGGAUGGCCUUGAUUUUAUGAGCUGACCAUAGUCAUCUUAUUUGCAUACCCUUUGUAUGUUUUAAUGAGUUUUUUUCUGUAUUUGUCUGUCCAGACAUGCUGUUUUUUAUUUAAUUUAUUUGUUAUACUCAUGACACUACGGAGAGCAGAACAAGAUGUAUACAAAAGUUGUAAAGCUUGGGAUAUUUUCAUAAGGAGACAAAAGAUUGUCUAAAUGUGUAUAUAAAUAUAUAUUUUUUACAAUAGAUUCUUCUUGUAAUAUGUUACUGUACAUUAUGUACAUGUUCUACAAAUUUAUUUUAACCGAAGAGAUUAGAUUCUUAUGGGCAACAUUUCAAGUUUUCUGUUCAUCAAAAUCCAUAAACUGAAGGAACUUAAUUCAAUACUACCGGCACCAAGUAUACAAUGUUGCAUGUUUUACAUUUAUGUGCUUGUUUGCACAAAGUAUUUUUUUUCUUCUCAAGGUUUGAUUGCAGUUGGCUGUCAAUCAGCUCAGCCAUAGGUUUUGUUUGUUGUUAGACAUCAAAGUUCUUAUAUUUUGUCUUAUCAACAAAUGAAGUAUAAUGGGGCCAACCCAUUUUAUAUUGUGACUUAAUUUAUUUAAUUUAUUUACUGCAAACGGUGAGUGUUGGCUGUGGUCAAACUCAGGGUGGCUUUUUAACUCUAGAGGACUUAAUAGGCCUGAUUCACAAAAGCCUUAUGCUUAGAGUAAACCGUUCACAGAAUUACACUUUGCAAGUUGUUUUGCACCAUUUAUUGAUUUAAAAUAAGUUAACUGUUUUAAUAUUGGUGAAUGGCUUUAAGCAUAUCUGUCUAUUAGUCCUCUAGACCCCUCAUAACGAGAAGGCAUUUGUCUAGUUCUAUGCAUUGAGUGUCAUAACACACUUUAAUGAAGUGUUCAAAAUGCAUUUAGUACAGUAUUCUUUUUAUACUUAAGAAUCAGUCAACAAAAGACGGUUUUAUUUUACUCAGCAUUUCCCCCCACUUGUUACAUAUAUAUUAUUUGGUUUUGUCUAAAGUUAAGUUUUGCAUAAACUAUGUUUGUGCAAAUUAUAGGUUAUUACACUUUGAUAAUUGUUUUCUUCUACAUUGUCUCACACUUAAAAUUUUAAGAGGAUGUUGUUUAUUGUAUGAUCUUAAACUAGUAUAGAGUAUAAACAUUUUAUAUGAGCAUUGUAGCUUUUUUAACGUUUUUUAAUAAAAGGUACAACUUAUGAAAACAA